AAACUAAUGCGAUAAGUUGUAAAGCGUCCAAAUUAGGGGCCAGAUACGUUUCCGAUGUCAAGGCAGGCACAGAUCACACCAGCUUCAUCACGGAUCUCUCAGCCUCAAAGAAGAAAACGAGGUGCGUUUGAUUCGGCUGUCUUCCGACAGAACGGAGCUCAUAUGUGAGGGCUUGUUUUCGCAUCCUAAUGAGAUCUGGGAUCUCGUAUCUCGUUUCGUGCCCCUCUGAUCAACGCAUGUUCUCUACUGUUUUCCUUACUGGUAACUGUUAUUUUUCUGUUUUUUGUGUUUAUUUUGUCAUUCAAUCACCCAAGUUGAUUUGGAUUUGAUCCCUGGACAUUGUUGCAUUAGAUUUUCACUGCUUUUGACAAUUCUACAGCUUCGUUACAUCUUUAACGGUUAGAAACAGCAAAAUUGAUGCAGAACUUCACUCGUAUGUUAUUGGAUCUUUUUAUAGAAUUUCUGUCGAAGCUAUGCUGUUGCUUUGUAUUGC